AUGGACCUGGAUAAGAGUGAGGUGACAACUCUAGGACUGCCUCCCACCACCAGCCAUGGUGGCUCUGACACCAACAUCAGCGUGGACGGCGCGGCGGGGACAUCAGCGGCGGCGGUGGUGGCGGCGGCGUCCGGCGGGGGGGUGGCAGCAGGUGGCGGCGGCGAGAGCUGCUCUGGGAUCGCGGAGCCCCAGCGCACACGCGCUGCCCUGGAGCACCUGCAGCAGAAGAUCCUGAAGAUCACCGAGCAGAUCCGCGUGGAGCAGGAGGCGCGCGACGACAACGUGGCCGAGUACCUCAAGCUCGCCCACAACGCCGACAAGCAGCAGGCCUCGCGCAUCAAGCAGGUGUUCGAGAAGAAGAACCAGAAGUCGGCGCAGACCAUCGCGCACCUGCACAAGAAGCUCGAGCACUACCACAGGAAGUUGAAGGAGAUCGAGCAGAACGGACCGGCCCGACAGCCCAAGGAUGUCCUGCGGGACAUGCAACAGGGCCUAAAGGACGUGGGCGCCAACGUACGAGCGGGAUUCAGCGGUUUCGGCGGCGGCGUGGUCGAAGGGGUCAAAGGGGGCGUGUCUGCGUUCACCCACACGGCGGUGGUGUCCAAGCCCCGGGAGUUCGCCAGCCUCUUCCGCCACAAGUUCGGCAGCGCCGAUAACAUCGCCCACCUCAAGGACCCGCUAGAGGACGGCGUGGGCGGCGCCUCGGACGACGCUCUGACCCCGCGCGCGCUGAGCGGCAGCGCCACCUUGGUCUCCAGCCCAAAGUACGGCAGCGACGACGACUGUUCCUCCGCCAGCUCGGGAUCCGGAGUAGGCAGCAAUUCAGGAGGCGCAGGAGGAGGAGGAGGAGGAGGAGGAGGAGGAGGAGGAGGAGACAGCUCCUGGGACGCGCUGCUGGAGGGCCUGCAGGAGAUCAAGGCCAGCCAGGCGCACAUGGAGGACGCCAUCGAGGACAUGAAGAGCCAGCUGCAGAGCGACUACUCCUACAUGACCCGCUGCUUGCAGGAGGAGGGGUACAGAUACGAGAGGCUGGAGGAGCAGCUGAACGAUCUAACAGAGCUGCACCAGAACGAGAUGACCAACCUGAAACAGGAACUGGCCAGUAUGGAGGAGAAGGUGGCCUAUCAGUCCUACGAACGGGCCAGAGACAUACAGGAGGCCGUGGAGUCGUGUCUGACCCGCAUCACCAAGCUGGAGCUGCAGCAGCAGCAGCAGCAGGUGGUGCAGCUGGAAGGGGUGGAGAACGCCAAUGCCCGCGCCCUGCUGGGCAAGCUCAUCAACGUCAUCCUGGCCCUCAUGGCCGUGCUGCUGGUGUUCGUGUCCACGGUGGCCAACUUCAUCACCCCGCUGAUGAAGACGCGGGCGCGGGUGGCUGCCACCGUGUUGCUCACCCUGCUGCUCUUCAUCCUGUGGAAGCACCGGGACUUCUGGGAACCGUGGUUGUUGCCCAGCUGA